CCCCCCCCCCUCCUCUUUGAAAGCCCCCGGACACCCGGUGUCCCCACGCUUUGGCCCAGCACACCUGAGGCCCCCCUCCCCCACAGAAUGGCGCUGUCGUCGCGGUUAAAACUGUGGGAGAAGAAGGGAGGUGAGGAGAAGAAGCCGCCGGAGACGCUCCCCUCCCCUCCGCCCCCCCUCUCGGUCGUGCCGGGGGGCUUCCUCAAGCAGCUGGUCCGUGACUCUGAGAAGGAGACCAAGCUGAAGGAGCCCGAGGUCAAGGAGGAGAGAGCGCCCAGCAAACUCAGUGACAACCUGGUGCAGCAGUUCCUCCUGGAGGAUCAGACUCCACCAAUCCUGGAGGCCGAGAUGUUGCUCCGAGCCCAGCAAUUGGCUGAAAGCGCAAGCGAGCGGGAAAACUCCUCCCAAUCAAAUCGCAGGAUUUUAUCGCCCAGGCCCCCUGUGACUCCUGAGCUCCAAAAUGGACAGAGCAAAGAACAGGAAGUGACCCCCAAGCCUCCAAAACAACAACAAAAAACACAACAGGAAGUGAGGUCGGAGAUGGACAGCAAGGUGAAUGGCAAGAAGAUGGUGGAGGAGGAGAGGAAAGUAAAGACAGCGUUGGUGGAGGUGGAGAAACCGAGAACGGUGGUGGAGGUGAAGAAACCAAAAGUAAUGGUGGAGGUAGAGAAACCAAAAGUGGUGGUGGAGGUUAAGAAACCAAAAGUGGUGGUGGAGGUAGAGAAACCAAAAGUGGUGGUGGAGGUGAAGAAACCAAAAGCGGUGGUGGAGGUGAAGAAACCAAAAGCGGUGGUGGAGGUGGACAAAAAGAGAACGCAGAUUGGUUUGGAGAAACGGACAGAGGUGGUUAAGACGGAGAAGCAUGUAGAUGUGAUAGCAGAGAGACAGGACCCAGAGGGACGGCCAGCAGAACGCAAUGUGACGGAAACCCAACAGAAAGAGGUGAAAGACGUGUGGUACGAGACCGGCACCGUGUGGUACGUCCACAAGGACGGCGUUACUCUGGCGACCCAGCUCAAGCCAGACGUGGGGACCCCUGAGCUCCCAGAGGGUCUCGUGAGGGUCCGGCUGCAGUCGGACGGAUCCCUGCAUGACGUCACCGAGUACGAGAUAGAGAAGUGCAACCCCUCUGAGUUGGAGCUGUGUGAGGACCUGAGCGAGCUCCAGUACGUCAACGAGAGCGGGGUGCUCCACACCCUGACCAGCCGAGCCCAGGCCAGCCUGCCCCUCACCCAGGCCGGGCCCAACCUCAUCAGCCUCUGGCCCCCCUCCCACCCGCACAGCAAGACGCCAAAGUCCCGGCGGGGGGAGUGUGUGUGGGAGGCGCCCCCGGCCCUGUCCGCCCUGGUCCAGAGGAUGUACGUGUCCCUGGUGGGCACGCGCAGGGACCACAGUGUGUGCGCGCUGGGCCGCAGCGGCACGGGCAAGACCACGGCGUGCCAGGCCUUCACACACACCCUGCUCAAACAGGCGGGCACCGUGGGGGGCAGCGUCACCGUGGAGCGCGUGCAGGCGGUGUUCUCCAUCCUGCGGUCGUUUGGCUGCGUGAGCUCCCCUCACAGCGACGCCUCGUCCCGCUUCGCCAUGGUGCUCUCUCUGGACUUCAACAACGCCGGCCUCAUCGCCGGCGGUCACCUCCAGACGAUGAUGCUGGACAAGUGGAAGGUUUGUCAGAAGUUGGAAGGAGAGAGCAACUUCCUGGUGUUCGCUCAGAUGAUGGCUGGGCUCAGCACAGAGAUGAGGACUGAGCUGCAGCUGCACCAGCUACCGGAGUUCAACUCCUUCGGUAUCGUCCCCGCCACCAAGGUGGAGGAGAAGCAGCGCGCGUCAGUCGCCUUCAACAAGCUGGUGGUUGCCAUGGAAACACUGGGCAUCACCGCCGGAGAGCAGAAGGCGAUCUGGCACGUCCUGGCCGCCAUCUACCACAUCGGAGCCGCGGGGGCCUGCAAAGUGGGCAGGAGGCAGUUUGUGAACUUUGAGAGCGCCCAGGCGGCCGGGAGCGUCCUGGGCAGCGAGGGAGAGGACCUGCACACCGCCGUCUUCAAGCACCACCUCCGGCAGCUACUGCAGAGAGCCACCGGGGGCAGCAGAGAGAGGCUCCCUGCUGCCGAGACAGAGGACGGUCCCAGGCUGACUGCUUCUCAGUGCGUGGACGGAAUGGCUUCUGGACUCUAUGAGGAACUCUUCACUACCAUUGUGUCGCUUAUUAACAGAGCGCUGAGCACCCGUCAGCUGACCCUGGCGUCGGUGGCGGUGGUGGACACCCCGGGACUGAGGAACCCCCGGCACGCCGGGGAGGAGCGCGCCGCCGGCUGGGCCGAGCUCUGCCACAACUACCUGCAGGAGCGGCUGCUGGAGCACUACCACACACACACCUUCACACACACGCUGGAGCGCUACCAGCAGGAGAAGCUGGGUGUUCAGUUUGAGAGCCCAGAGAGCAGCCCGGCCGACGUGGUGUCGGCUGUGGACCAGCCCACCCUCCAGGUGAGGGCUGCUGAGGCGGUCCCGCGGGGCCUCCUGUGGCUCCUGGAUGAGGAGAUGGUGACCCCGGGCUCCACUGAGAACGCGGCGCUGGAGAGGGUCUGCCAGUACUACAGCAACACCGUGCGUCAGUGUGAGCAGCCCCUGCAGUGUGAGGUCAACCACAUGCUAGGCCUGGACCCGGUGCGCUACGACCUGACGGGCUGGUUCGGUCUGAUCCAGAACAACCCCUCCUCCCUCAACGCCGCCACGCUGCUGCAGAACUCCACCGUUGGGGUGGUGAAGGCCCUGUUCUCCCCCAGGUCCUCAGUGCCCCCUCUGUGCCGGGGGCUGGGGGGCUUCGAGGGCAGCAGCCAGCGCUCCCUUCAGCGGAGCGGAACCAUCCGGAAGACCUUCAGCGGGGGCAUGGCCGCCAUGCGCCGUCACUCGGCCUCCAUCGCCGUCAAACUGCAGGCGGAUGCUCUACUGAACCUGAUUCGUCGUGCGCGGCCCGUCUUCCUCCAGUGUGUCAAGGCCAAGACGGAUGCCGGUGUCUUCGAUGUCCGUGCACUGCGCGUCCAGCUACACUCUGCCCAGAUCCUCCCCGCCCUGCAGCUCUACCGCACAGGCUACCCAGAGCACAUGCCUCUGGGAGACUUCAGGUGUCGUUUCCAGGCUCUCUCUCCUGUCAUCGUGAAGCGCUACGCCUCCGUGUUCGUCGCCCACGACGAGAGGAAGGCAGUGGAGGAACUGCUGGUAGAGUUGGAUCUGGAUAAGAAGAGCAUAGUUCUGGGCCCCAGCAGAGUACUAAUGAGGCGUGGCGUGCUGCAGUCCCUGGAGAGGCUCCGAGACCAGCUGGUCAGCGGCUGGCUGCUCCACUUCCAGGCCUCCUGCACGGGUCACCUGGCCCGGCAGAAGUACCGCCGGCUCAAGGUGCAGCAGAUGGCGGUGAGCUGUGUGCAGAGGAACCUGAGGGCCAUGCGGGCUGUCGGCAGGUGGUGCUGGUGGAAGCUCUUCUGCAGGGUCCGGCCUCUCCUCAACGUCAACAUGGACAACCAGAGGCUCAGGGCCAAGGAGGACGAGUUAUCAGUUCUGAGACGAAAACUAGAGAAGUCCGAGAAGGAGAGGAACGACCUCAGACAGACCACAGACAUCCUGGAGACCAAGGUGACGGCGGUGACUUGUGAGCUCAGUGACGAGCGUUUCCGCGGCGACGCGGUGGGCCAGGCGCUGGACGUGGAGCGAGCUGAGAGACUGAGGCUCUGCAAGGAGAACAAGGAGCUGCAGACACGACUGGACCAGUGCAAGGUUGCCAUGGAAACCCUUGAGAAGCAGCUGGAGGAGGAGCAACAGAAGGUUCAUGUGAAGGAGAGCCCGGCCCGUCCCGCGACAGACAAGGAGCUGGUGGUGCAGCUGGAGUGUUCCCAGACGGAGGUGGAGUUUGUGCGGCGGCGUCUGAAGCAGACGGAGGAGAAGCUGGAGGUGGAGAGACAGGCCCGGCAGCAGCUAGACACCAAGGUGUCCUCCUUGCAGGCCCAGCUGGAGCAGUCCAGGAGGAGCGCGGCGGAGCUGAAGCGUCAGUGCCGCCGGGUGACCUCUGACCUCCAGGACGCCCGGGUCCUCACCGACAGCCUGCAGAGCCGCAUCCACGAGCUGGACCGCAAGCAGAGGAGGUUUGACAGUGAGCUGACCCAGGCGUUGGAGCAGGCAGAGAAUGAGAGAGAGCUCAAGGAUAAAGUCACCCAGGAGAACACAACCAUGGGCGGCCAGAUAUACACUCUAAGGGCCAACCUACAGGAGAGCCAGGCGGAGGUGACCCGUCUGGGCCAGCAGAAGGACGAGCUGUGCAGCCAGGUGCGGGACCUCAGCCUGCCCCUGGACCUGUCCGUCGACUCGGUCCCGGACCUGAAGAAGCAGCUCCGCCUCCUGGAGGGCCAGGCCAGCGAGGGCCAGGAGGAGGUCAGCACCCUGACCGGCCGGAUCCAGCAGCAGCAGCAGGUGCACAUGCGCUCUGAGCUGGAGAUGGAGCGCAUGAGGCAGAUGCACCAGAAGGAGCUGGAGGACAAGGAGGAGGAGCUGGAGGACGUCCACAAGUCCUCCCAGAGACGACUGAGACAGAUGGAGAUGCAGCUGGAGCAGGAGUACGAGGAGAAGCAGAUGGUGGUCCACGAGAAGCAUGAUCUGGAAGGGCUGAUCGCCACGCUCUGCGACCAGGUGGGCCACCGGGACUUCGACGUGGAGAAGAAGCUGCGUCGGGACCUGAAGAGGACCCACGCCCUGCUGGUGGACGCCCAGCUGCUGCUGUCCACCGUGGACGGGCCCCAGAGCCAGCCCUGGGGCCGCGAGCACAUAGAGCGCCUGCACUGCCAGCUGGAGGAGAGUGAGGCCAGGAGGGGCGAGGUGGAGGGCUUCCAGAAGACCCUCUCCCAGGAGCUGGACAACGCCCAGAUAGAGCUGGAGACACUCUGCAAACACAAGAGCCUGGCCGAUGAGCAGCUGAUGCUCCUGGAGCACGAGAAGACGGACCUCCUGAAGAGACUGGAGGAGGACCAGGAGGACCUGAAUGAGCUCAUGAAGAAACACAAAGCCCUCAUCGCUCAGUCCUCCAGCGAUAUCACCCAGAUCAGGGAGCUGCAGGCGGAGCUGGAGGAGGUGAAGAAGCAGAGGCAGACGCUCCUGGAGGAGCUCCAGUCUAGUGUUUCCAGGGUGCAGUUCCUAGAGUCAUCCACUGUGGGGCGCAGCAUCGUCAGUAAACAGGAAGCUCGUGUUUGUGAUCUGGAGAACAAGCUGGAGUUCCACAGGGGGCAGGUGAAGAGGUUUGAGGUGCUGGUGCUGCGUCUGAGGGACAGCGUGGUGCGCCUCGGGGAGGAGCUGGAGCAGAGUGCCCAGACGGAGGCCCGGGAGCGGGAGAACUGCGUCUACUACCAGCACCGCCUCCACGACAUGAGGCUGGAGAUGGAAGACCUCACCCAGAGGGAGCAGGACAGCAGCCGCCGGCGCAUGGAGCUGGAAAUGCAGGUGACGGAGCUCACCGCCGUCCGACAGACAUUACAGGCCGACCUGGAGACGUCCAUCCGUCGCAUCGUGGAUCUGCAGGCUGCCCUGGAGGAGGUGGAGUCGAGUGACGACAGUGACUCUGAGAGCACUCACACUGCCACGGAAUCCCUAUCUCGAAGGAAAGACCUCGACUCCGUGUCCAGCGUGGGGACGGAGGACGUCGGCGAGGGGAUCAGGACCUGGCUGGGCGUACCCAAGGGGUCGUCCCGUGCCGGGUCGUCCCGGGGCGGGUCCCCUUACGGCAGCCAGGCCGGGCGCCAGUCCGUCACGGACACCAUGAGCACCUACAGCUUCCGGUCGUGCGUGGACGAGGACGGCGGCUCCGUGGCCGGGGGGGCCGGCACGGGGGGGCUGGGCCGCGCCUCGUCCUCCUCGGCCCUCUCCGAGCUCCUGGACGGCCUCCGCAAGCGCCGGGGGGGCGGAGCCGCGGGGAGCGGCGACCAGGUGGACCGGGCCGGCAGCGCCGCCUCCCUGCCCAUCUACCAGACCACCGGGGCCUCCUCCCUGAGGCGCCGCGCCUCCGCCCUCUCCCCGGGGCCCGAGGACCCCCGCGAGGCCCGGCCGGGCAUCCUGAAGCCCCCCUCCCCGCUGCUCCAGCGCGCGGCCAGCAGCGCCUCCAUCGGAGGGGCGUCGACCUCCUCCUCCUCCGCCCCCAGAGCGAUCCGCUUCAGCGCCGCCGCCCCCGACCCCUCGGCGCCCAACGCCGGCCAGCUCCCCACGCUGCCCCACCUCUCCUCCCUGUCGGCGCUGCACGGCCGCCACCUGCCGCGCUCGCUCUCCAUCCCGGAGGAGGAGCUGGAGGAGGGUCGCGGCGGCGGCGGCUCCGGUGGCCCCAGCCCCCAGCGCUCCCCGCAGGCUCCGGCGCGGCGCCGCCUGCUGGCCUCGGAGGACGGCGGCGAGGGCUCCCUCGGCUCGGAGCCCAUGGUGUUCCAGAACCGCUGCCUGGCGGCGGACGGCGCCGGGUCGGAUAUCAUGCCGGCCAUCCGCAGGGCGCAGUCGGCCAGCAGCCUGGCCGGGUCCAUCCGGGGAGGGGGAGGGGGAAGGAGAGCGCUGAGCGUCCACUUCGGGGAGCUGCCCCUGUCGUCCCGCAGCAGGAAGAGCUCGGAGGCGUCCGAGUCGUCCAGCUCCGGGGGCAGCUCCGCCGGGGGGUCCCAGACCGGGGCGGGGGGGUCCAGGGGCAGGUCGGGCGGGGGGAGGCCCCAGGGGGAAAGGCUGGAGGCGGAGGGGAGUGAGGGAGAAGACGUGGCCUCCGUUAUGAAGAAAUACCUGAAGAAAGAGGUGGACUGAGGUGGGAAGGUUUGAAGCCCCCCAAAGCAUUGCUUGUGCCUCUUUUUGUUCCUUCUUUGGUUCAGCCAUUUUGUGUUCUGUCCUCUCCCUCUCUCUGUCCUGCUCCCUCUCCCUUGGACUUAUUCACCCGGCCGCCAUAUUGGUUCCAUAUUGGUUCUAUUCCGCAUUCAGUUCCCCCACCCGGCUAGUGUUCAGAACCAAGAUGGCCGCUAGGUGAAUAAAAGGCCCAUUGGCAGCUCUGGGAGCCGAUGUGAGGUCAAAGGUUAGGGGCACCUGAAGUAGAAUGUUGUCAGGACUGAGCAGACAAUUUAAAAACUAAAAGGAAAUCUAGUAUUUCUAAAUUGUCUGUUACUGGAGAAUAAAAUUAUCCAUCUGGGAUAUUAUCAUCAAUAGAUGAUGACGAAAGAAUCCAUUCAUGGUCAAAUAUACCAUAUUCAAAUCUGAAUUCUAAUUAUUCUUUCAGGUGAGCAGUGUUUGUAUGAAAAAAAUAAUGAAGUCAACCUUG